AUGUCUACCCAAGCGCACUCGAAGCCUAGGAAGUUGAAGAUUAUCCAUGUCGGCGCCGGAGCUUCAGGUCUUUUGACUGCUUACAAGGCUGAGCGCAUGCUGCAGAACUACGAGCUUGUCUGCUACGAUAAAUUUGCAAAGAAGUAUGAUCUUGAGAAAUAUGCUCAGCUGCGAACGACAGUCAUCAGCGCGACUUGGGAUGAGAAUGAAGGGAAAUGGGCUGUUAAGUUAAGCCAGGAUGGCAAGGAAAGAAUGGACUACUGCGACGUAUUGAUGAAUGGAUCGGGAGUAGUGAACAAGGCCAAAUCUCACAGCGCUACCUGGGACCCCGCAAUUAGUUGGGAAGGCAAACGGGUUGCACUCAUCGGAACUGGCUCAAGCUCUGUUCAGAUGCUACCACAGCUUGCCAAAGGUUCAAAAAGCCUUCACGUCUUUGCGAGAAACUCGAUAUGGAUCGUCCCUUCAAUAGGCACAGAUCUCAGCAAGGCCAACGAAGAGGGCCAAAAUCCUUCUGAGCAACCUGGCACGCAGAUUUAUUCUGAAAAGGACAAGGACGAGUUCCGCAGAGACCCUGCGACACAUCUACAGUACCGGAAAGGUCUUGAGGCAACCCUGACACGCAACUUUCCAUUCUUUCUCAGGGAUUCUCCAAUGAGUCAGUGGGCCACUGCUGCCAUAAAACAGGACAUGCUCAAGAAGCUUGAGAGUGCUGAUGAGGAGCUGAAACAAAAGCUCAUUCCAUCGUGGCCCCCAGGAUGUCGGCGAAUCACACCUGGCAACGACUAUCUAGAGAGCUUGGUCCAAGACCAUGUCAAAGUCAUCUUUGAAGGCGUUUCGAGAUUUACUGCCACGGGUCUUGUCACGAGCGAAGGCAAGGAGUUCGAUUUCGACCUUAUUGCCUGUGCUACAGGGUUUGACAUCUCAUAUACUCCGCAUUUCAAAAUCACCGGUAUUGAUGGAGUUACGAUGAAAGACGAAUGGUCAGAGAAUCCAAACAUUUAUCUCGGUAUCACUGGACCCAAGUUUCCCAACUAUUUUGUCAUCAAUGGACCAACCGGCAACUGGGGUCAGGGAUGCGUGCUUCCUUCGCAUGAGGUUCAGAUUGAGUAUGCUAUGCAAUGCUGCAUCAAGAUCCAGAACGAGGGCAUCAAGGCCAUGGAGGUGAAGCAGCUGCCCACUACACAGUGGAACAAGCACCUCGACAACUGGCACACCAAGUACUCCGUCUGGGCUGGCAACUGCCGUUCUUGGUACAAGGCGAACAGGUCAGACGGACGGGUGUAUAUCUGGCCUGGGAGCAUGCUUCAUCUGCUCAAGACUAUGAAGACGCCUAGGUUCGAGGAUUUCAACAUUACCUAUAGAAACGACAAUAUGUGGGAUUUCCUGGGUAAUGGCCGCACUCAGAUUGAAGAGCUGGCUGAAGAUGGGGUUGAUGUUGAUCUUGCUCCGUUCAUUCGGGACCAGGACGUUCCCUGGGCGAUCGAUGAUCCUCAUACUCUAGGAGCUGUUGUAAGCCGUGAGCAUAAACUUUGA